AUGGGCAUUGGUGUUGUGAUCCGAAAUCAUCUAGGUCGGGUGCUGGCAGCAAGCAGAGGGUUUAUUCAUUAUGUUGAUAAUCCGGAGCUGGGUGAAGCUAUUGCAAUGCGCCAUGCGUUGUUUUUUGCUGAAGAUUCCGGUUUCCAGAAAAUCCUUGUGGAGACAGAUUCUGCCAGUUUGAUCAACAAAAUUAAGAGUAAAAUGGAUGACAGGUCUCACACAGGUGCUGUAAUUUUUGAUAUUAAGAGUAGGGCUUCAAGGUUCUUAUCCUGUUGUUUUACUCAUAUUAGUCGAAGUUGUAAUGAGGCAGCUCAUGUUCUAGCAAAGUCUGCUGAACAUGAUGAAGGGUCAUGCUGGUUUAAUGUAUCUCCUGAAGUUAUCAGGAAUAUAGUUUGUACUGAACAGUUUUGA